CUCCUCUUUCUCAGGGACACCUUGCCCCUCAGUCAGCUUACGCCUCCAACAUGGCUCCGAUAUUCAGAUCCUGCAUACAGUUACUUAUAGAUAUAGCAACCCGCUCGACCAUUGUCACACUACUGACUGAAGAACUCAUAUUAUAGCCAUCCCUCCGCAAUGGCCUCGUCAACCCUCCCCUCGAACUGCCGCCUCGUCAACAUCGGCACCCACUCCUUGGCCCUCUACACUCACGGCCCAGAGCCCACAAGCCCCACAGAUCCCGUUGUGCUCUUCAUCUCAGGCAUAGCAAGCGACGCCCUCAACUGGCAAGCCGUGGUGCGAUUACUAGGUCCUACCCAGCUGCGGAGCUACACCUACGACCGGUCCGGCUAUCGCAACUCGGAGUGCUCCCCGCUCCCGCCGUCGGCCGAGACCAUCGCUCUGGAGCUUUCCCUCCUCAUCUCCCACGCGCCCAUCGCCAACCCCUUGAUCCUCGUGGGCCACUCCUGGGCCGGCGUGCUAAUCCACGAGUACAUGGCGCUGAGGAAGGGGACCAAGCAGAUCGCCGGCGUGGUGCUCGUCGACGCCAACCACGAGACGGCGCCGCUGGUGCUGGACGUCAACGACCCGGUCCUCUGGGGCGUCAUGGCCUCCGGGGUCGAGCCAUACGCUGCCUGGGGCGUGGAGGCGGAGCAUAAACUGACGCGGGAGGAGUGGGAUGCGUUUAAGGCGGCCGAAGCGACCGAGAAGUACCGCGUGGUUGCAAGCCAGGAGGAGGAGCACUACCUGCCUAGCUUUGAGGCGCUGCGGAGGAAGGAGCUGAGGAAGAGGCAGCCGCUGCUUGGAGACAGGCCGGUGUAUGUGAUUGCUGGAAAACGGAGCAGGGAUUGGAGUGGCUUGUACAAGGCCGGGGUGGCCAGAGGGAAUGGCACCGAGGAGCAGAGGCGGUAUGUGAGAGGGUUGAUCGAGAGGGUCGAUGUGAAGACCGAGGGUCUGAUGCGGGAGUUCUUGAAACUCUCCACGAAGAGCGAACUUGUCUUUGCUAGCCGGAGUGGGCACUUUGUCCAGCUGACCGAGCCGGAGCUUGUUGUAGAUGGAGUGAGGUGGGUAGUAGAUAAUUUGUCAGUAUCUUCUUAGUGGCUGUGGAGAAUGAGGUACUAGUAUGUACGAAUUAAGUGAGAUCAAGGCUUCUCUGUAGCAUCCGACCCUUCAAAGGGCCGUACGUGGAAGCAGAGUCUGGUCGACAGGGAACAGAACUUGCG